AUGUGCAACGAGACUGCCACAUCGGAGGCCAAAAUCUCCGCGCUAGGCGCUGGUGAGUCAGGCUCGUGCGGCGCGGCAAUCUCGCUUGCGGUGACGGCCACCUCACCACAAGUGGAGGAGUACAAGGACAAGGCAACGGAACUCGUCGACGUUGCCAAAUCCAAGUGGGAAACAGUUGAGAACAAGCCUCUGGUAGCUCUGUACGCCGGUGGAGCCGUUGUUGGCUUGUGGAUAACAUCCGCAAUCCUGGGUGCUAUCGACAGCAUCCCGUUGGUUCCAGGCUUCCUGAAGCUUGUUGGAACCGUCUACACUGGAUGGUUCGCCUACCGCUACUUGAUUUUCGAGGCUUCCCGUAAAGAGCUGUCCGAGAAGGUGGCGGAUUUGGUCUCCCAGAUUAAGUGA